AUGGGAUUCUCACGGGGUCCAGGAUGGUAUACGGCCUUGGAUCCUGACCCGCUGCAACAAAUGGCACUCGUCCUCGAAAUGCCAGGGCUAGAACCACGCCCAGCAACUCCUUUACAUGCUUUACACUCAAACGACGCGUCAGAACUUGGUUCUUUGGCGGAGCCAGCCAUCUCACAGCAGAAUGGCUUCACGGGCCUAUCGCGUCGCGUCCAGCCACAGCGAGCGCGAAAAGCAGGAUUUGGCUCUGCAGAAGUUGAUAAUCUCAUCAUAGAGGCUAUCGAACGAGACGACAAGCUGAAGAGCUUGAUUCCACCCGACACGGUUAUUCACUGCACCACCGACUCGUCGAAACUGCCAAAUGCACACGAGAUUGUGGACCGGAUCACAUUCGAGACGCAGCAAGAAGGGCAGUCGUCCCGGACACUAUCCCUUCAUAGCUACUUUCGAAACACAGAAGUGAUGGAGUCGCUCAGGAAUCAGCAACGAAUCGAAACCGCAGAGUUUUCCCUCAUCACCGAAGACGAUAUCAAACAGGCACUCGCAAGCAUACCUGAAGAGUUUCUGUACAAGAAUGUUGAUCUCUCUGACGAGACCUUUCGACGACGCCACGCACGAGUUCAAAAAGUCGAAACUCGUACGCGAAAUCGAGAAAAGGAGAGGCUCCUGUACGACGUCUCACGUCUCAGUGAUCGCCUUUCCCAACUCGAGGCCAUGGACGCCUCCAACUUUCGUGGGGACACCUUUGAGGAGCAGGAAAAGGACAAGCAAAAGAUCCUAACAUUUACGAGGCAGAUGGUUAAUCGAAAAGUUGACAAAGUUGGUACGGAUUCCGAGGACGAACAACCUAGCGGCACGGCGUCAGCCCGGCCAGUGGCUCGUGAAAAGAAACCUAGGCCGCCCAAGAAGCCACGAACAUCGCUACAAGAUGUCGAACCCCUGGCUAACACGAUCCCAAAGCCGCCAAGGGUGCCGAAGAAAAAGGAGCCAAAGUAUAUCUAUCAGCCCGACGAGCUCGUGUUCGAGGACCAGUAUUAUCCCGAGCGCCCCGACCUCGACGAAGAAUACUUUGAGGGACCCACUUCGUCGAAACGGUCCAAAAAGUCUACAAAGCGGAAACGCGUCGUAGAGCCCGAGCUCGACCCAGCCCUCUACGAGUUUGUCGUCACCACCGCACCUCCUGUUCCGAAGAAGCCGAAAAAGUCGAGCUCUAGCAAAAAGAAGAGUGCGUUUCAUCGCCCGGUUGCGUCCAUUACGGGCGAGGCGACGGUCAGCAAGCUCCUCGAGCAAGCCAGUCGGUAUAAUCCAAAUCGACAACCUCGAGACAUUUAUCCCUUUGGUGCUCCGAUUCCUCAUGCGUUGUCCAACUUUGUCGACUUUGAGCUCCCCGAGUGGAUCGAACAAGAUUCGCGGCCACAGUCGAUGCACCCUUCGGAAGACGAUAUUGCUCAGAGUGAACUCGUGGGGGAGGGAGAAGACGAAGAUGCACCGUACGAUGAGAUUGAGGAAAUGGCGCAUGAAAGUAGUGGGGUCUUCGUUGAAGAAGAGGGGAGUGAUAUGGCAGAGGAUGGGGUCGAGAGGGUGUUUCUCCCUCGUAGAGAGGACCUUGAUGCGGAAACAUCUGGUCUUAGCUCUCUCGAGAGUGACGAGGGUGGGCCAGAGGAUGAAGCAUCUCCUAGGCGGCGACGAGGCGGGAGUACUGUUCUAUCUAUAUUGGCUCUUAUCAUCGGUGUAAUACCUACAAUUUACUGCUUUGAUCUCGACCACAUUUUGAGGCCUGCCGCCAAAGCCUUUGACAUGGCUUCCUUGUUCCGAUUUCUGCGACGGAGUGCGCAUGAGAGUCCGGUCUACUUUUAUUCGCUCGUCAUUGGCUUUACGGGACCAGCAAUCCUUGCAAUAGUCCCACCAAUACGCAAACGAAUGGGCUACGAGCUAGCAGAGGCCGUGCCAACAACCUACCCAGUCCCGAAACGAGAACGUAGAUCAGUGUCAAGCGAAUUCGACGAUCCGCCGCCGUCAAAGGAGGUACAGGAAUACCUUCAAGCCAAGGAGGAAGCGACAAAGAAUAAAUUUUCGCAUCUUUAUGCUAAAUUGCCGUCACGACUGCGACCGGAGCCAUAG